UAUUUUGUAUGUGUUCCAUACUUGUGAUAAAGGUACUUUACUGACUUAUUUGGUUUUUGUUACCUACCCAGAGUCUACGUGAAUGUUUUUAGUUUAUAGCUGGGACUUUUCUGUAAUUCCUGAUCAGGAACAUUGAAGAAUAAUUAUUUUUAAAGUAUUUUUAUGUGUGAAAUCUAUCAUUCAUCAAUUUAUUUAUGCAAACCUUAGAGCACUCUUAUUGUUGAACAGUGACGACGGUUUAUUAAUACCAUUGGACGAAUUAUUUAAUGCAUUGCGUACAGAUUUAGUGUUAUUCAAGGCCGUACGAUGAAUCUUUCAGACCCUUCUGACGAGGACAGCAGCAGUGAUGAGAGCACAAUAAUACCCGCGAAGCGAUCUCGAACUGACACGUAUGGAGCAUCAUCUACCACAUCUCAUGGCUCUGUUCUGCAAGAAUCAGAUAAGGAUAGUCCAGACACACCAGUUUUUGACAACUAUGCAGGUGAAUUUCAACAACCAGGAAAAAUAAGAAAAAGUUAUGGUGACCAAAGUCCUGAAGAAAAUAUAAGGCUAAGCAGAAGUAGUUUAAGUGAAAAUUGUUCAUCACCAAAUGAUAAUCAAUAUGAUGACUAUAGGCCAGUAUUUGAUGAGGCAGAAGGGAGUGAACAGUCUGGGCGUCCUAGCUUCCUGGAUGCUGGAGAUGCAUUUUACAAUAAAAAUAAUGAACAAAACAAAAACUUUGAGGAUGCAUACAGUGAAAAGUAUUCAGAAAUAUCAAAACAAAUGAUGAUGAAUAUGGGUUAUAAACCAGGAAAAGGUUUAGGUAAAAAUGAGCAUGGUAGAACACAACCUGUAGAAGCAUCAGCUCAAAAAGGCCGCAGAGGUUUGGGAGCCAAACCAUCAGCUGUGGGAGCUUUACCUAAAGAUAUUAAGGAAAUAAAAGAGGAAACCAAACCAGAAGCAAGGGAACAUGUGUUAUGGCUUGAUCCUGCCCCGGAUGAACCAUUAUCUGGUGAUCUUUUGGAUAAAUGGUUAAGAAGAGGCCCUAAAAAAACAACUAUUGAUGACGAAACACAUUUUGUAGACCCAGCAAUUUUAAAAGGUGUAUUAGAUUCUAAGUCAAUUUUUGACAGUUUAGAUGAUGAAGAUUUACGUCAUGCAAGGUACCGAAGUAACCCAUAUGAGACUAUUGGUUCAGUAAUAUUCUUGAACAGAGCUGCAGUGAAGAUGGCCAAUAUUGAUGCUGUAUUUGAUUUUCAUUUCACUAACCCUAAAAAACAAAAUGGAGAAGAUGCAGUAGAUAAGAGAGAAAUCUUAUAUUUUGCCGAUGUAUGUGCUGGUCCGGGAGGAUUUUCAGAAUAUGUGUUGUACCGAAAAGGUUGGAGAGCGAAAGGUUUUGGUUUUACAUUGAAAGGGCCAAAUGACUUUAAGCUAUCUGAUUUCUAUGCUGGACCACCUGAAACCUUCAACCCAUAUUAUGGGGUGAAAAAGGAUGGUAAUAUAUUUGAUCCUGCAAAUUUAAUAUCACUGAAAGAGCAUGUGUUAAAGCAAACUGAUGACAAAGGAGUACAUUUCCUUAUGGCUGAUGGUGGGUUUUCAGUACAAGGCCAAGAAAAUAUACAAGAAAUAUUGUCAAAGCAGCUUUACCUAUGUCAGUGUCUAGCAGCAUUGAUGCUUGUAAGGACUGGUGGCCAUUUUGUGGUGAAACUCUUUGAUGUAUUUACACUAUUUAGUGUUGGCUUGGUUUAUAUUAUGUACAGAUGCUUUGAUAAGGUUUGUAUUCACAAGCCUGUGACAUCAAGACCUGCUAAUUCAGAGCGAUACCUUGUGUGUUUAUGGAAGAGGUUGGGCACAGAACCUGCAGAACAACACCUGGCAUCUGUCAACUCUAUAUUAUGGAGCGACACUGAAAGGGGCGGAGAUGUCACGCAACUUGUACCCUUAAGUGUUCUAAAGGAAGACAAAAGCUUCUUUGAAUACAUUUAUAAAAGCAAUUGUCUACUUGGUGAAAGACAAAUUCAAAAUUUACUCAAGAUAGCUAGGUACAGUAAAGACAAAAAUUUAAAAGAAACUACUCAAGCAGAGAUGAAAGAGCAGUGUUUGGCAUUAUGGAAAUUACCAGACGCAGUAAGAACACAACCAGAACGUAAAGGGCAUGACGACACAUUAGCAGCUAUCAGAUCCUUGAUAAGAAAACCAGGAUUUGAUUCCGAAAGCUUGUAUUAUUUUAAAACAAACGUAUUGAACAAAGCGCCUAGCUAUUUAGAAAAUCCAUCGGAACUAAGGACGUAUUUUAGAAAUGUAUUAGAUUGGCAUUUUGUGUUUUUGAGCAGUGGGAAAAAUAGUCCUGAUUUAAGAAUAUUUAUAGGAUGCGGAGGUAAACACGUUUUUCAAUUGGAAUCGAAUUCAUGGAAGACAGUCGUCGAUUUGCAUUUGACUUUACCAGCCAAAACCCUGAUAUAUGGUGAAGUUGUUAAAGAAUAUCGAGGACAAGGAAACAAUCAAAUUUAUAGCAAGGCUUUGCACAUUAUUGAUGCUUUAAUGUUAGGUGGAAUUGAUAUUUCAGGAGAUUCCUUAACUGAAAGGAUAAAUCAAUGUAACCUGUUUUGUUCUGCAUUAAAUAAACCAUUUGAUAACCAAGCUCUUCCAAUAAGAACAAAGAGGCUAUACAGCAUGGAACAAUUUGAAACAGCCGUUAGUAAUUUGGAGUAUCGCGCUACGAAACGAAUAAAAAGAGCAGUAACUAUCGAUACUCCAGAUAGAAUAAACAGGAAUGAAAUGUUUUACGUAGUUGGAUCUGUAUUGUUCUUAAAAGAAGUAAAAGAACCCUGGAUUGCAGUGAUGUCAAAGAGUAGUGGACGUAAAUACUACUUCAGCACGGAUGGUACGAAAAAUAGUGAGUACCACAUACCGCCAGGCGCCAAGAUGGACAUGUUGAGUGGACACACAAGACGUGUCAUGUGGCCCUGGGAGCCAUCACCCAGUGCUAUAUUUGACAGCCAAACUAGAGACGGCGUCACACGUGCCGAUAUGGAGGAAUAUAUUGCAAGUGUGUUGAAUAAAUAAAUAGGUAGAUAGUUAACACAAUUCAUAAAGCUCGAUUUCCCACUUUAGAAAGAUGUAUAUCAAUAACAAUGGAAGGCUAGGAAUAAAGGAAUAGCAAAAUCAUAAUUUGUUAUUUAAUUUCUAAGCUUUAAUUGAAAACGAAUUCUUUAUUGUCAAUUUUUAAACAGUGUAAUGGUGUGCUGAAUAUUUACCCAUUUCAUUCAACCAUCAGGUUGAUUGGGUUGAAAUCAGUGAUACAGUUAUAGUAACAAUUCUGGAUAAAAUAACCUUUCUUGUAAAUUAUCCUAUUGCACUGAAGUUUAAAAAUAUUUUAUUGUUUAUACUCUCACCCUUACCGUUAUAGACAAUGGCAGUACAAGACUAUUUUUUGCAGUCUUUUAUCUUAAUUUCUUAAGUUUUCAACAUAUCGAUCAUUAGACCUCAAUUAAAGUAACUCGGUUUUAACUUUUACGAGAACCGCGUCGUUAAAAAUAUAAAACUCUGUACACUCUUCCCUAUAUUUUUUUUGCAAUUUUACUUUCGUUCAUUUUCUCGCUCUUGUUUCUUUUACUAAAUCAUCUGACACAAGUUAUUCUUCAUCUGUCACGUAAUUUCCUUUUACACCUUACAUACCUUCACCGCUUUAAUGAUACGCGAUGCAUCUUCCAUCAGAUAGCGAUCGGCAGGCAAAAGCCUUCAAAGCUUUUAAAUUCUAAAAUUAGGCAUAAAUCGGGUCUUAUUGAUAUGUGAAUGACAGUUUUAUCUAUUUAAUUCAGUUACUUUAAAUAUUAAGAAUUAAUAAUAUGUAAUAAAAAUAAAACCAAACAAAGUAGUAAAAAUCCAAAAUAUUUUUGGGGCCCUUUUUAAAUAAAAUGUUUGUUACAAAGAAACCUUUGGCCUUUUAUUUCUCAUGUUUUAACUAAGAAGGCCUCGUUUUUCCUAUGUGACAUUUAAGUCAUACAAAUUAUGUUUGACACGUGGUUAUUCGGACAUGCAAUAGGCCCUAAAACAUGAAAAUUAAAAUGCUGUACCUACCUAUACACUUCUUAUGUACCUAUGUGUAUGAUUAAAGUUGGUUAUUUGAAUUUA